CAGCAUUGCACAAUCCCAUAAUGAUCAUAUUACAAAUCCGAGUGUGUGUCAAUGUGUGUGUGUAUUAAACAAAUAAAGGAACUUAGCAGCAGAUGCUACACAAGAGGUUAGGCUUCGCCACAUCUACCAUGCUCAUAUUCUGUGUGUUUGUGUUGUUGGUGAGUGUGUGCCAGUCUCUCCCUCUAGCUGGAUGGAUUCAGUCUCCUGGUUUUCCUCAGGGAUAUGGUCCAGACCUGUCUGAAACAUGGAGACGCUGUGCACCACCUGGCUAUGUUCUCUCCCUCACAAUGCUGCAUUUGGACCUGGAGGAAAGUGACAACUGUGAGAAUGAUGUCCUGGAGAUCUCUGAGGAUCACAACUCUAUUGUUAAGUUGUGUGGCCAAAUGACCACGAAGGAACUGCGGUUGUCUGUUGAUCCUUUGCUGCGUUCGUCCUCUGGAGGUUGUCUCAGUGUCACCUUCAGGACUGAUUACUCCAACACAGAGAGACACACUGGAUUCAAAGCUUUUUACACGACACAGGAUGUUGAUGAGUGCUGGGAGAACCAGGUUUCAUGUUCUCAUUUCUGUCAUAAUUACAUUGGAGGAUACAGCUGCAGCUGCAAACCAGGUUACUAUCUCAAUGAAGAUCAACAUGAAUGUCAUGCCAACUGCACAGAAGAGCGAUAUGGAUCAGGAUUGUUAACAUCUCCUGGAAGUCCAAGCCCAUACUUCGAAAAUGCUGACUGUGUAUUCAGUCUUUCUGUGGAUGAAGGGAAUCAAGUUGAAUUAAAAUUUAUUGGAACGUUUGAUGUGGAAAGCAGAGAUGGACAAUGCAUUGACUUUGUAGAUAUUAAGACAGCCACUCAGACCUAUGGGCCAUUUUGUGGCAAAAAAAGACCUGAUGACAUCCUCACUGCAGCCCAACAUGUUAGCAUUAUCUUCCACUCAGAUUCAGGGGGAAUAAAUCAAGGAUUCUCCCUUGAGUACAAACCUAAAGUAAUGGAAUGUCCGGGAAACAUCAGCCCACAUGCUAAUGUAUCUCCUGUGAGAGAUCGGUACACAGUGGGCCAGUCGGUCACUGUGCGCUGUCUGACCGGAUACAUUUUAAGUGAUGCCACUAAAAGUUUUACCUCCACCUGUCAGAUGAAUGGGAGCUGGUUGCCCAAAGACAAAUGCGAACCGGUGAACUGCGGGUGUCCUGAGCUUCCAGAGUUAGUAAAACUAAAAGAUACACCCUCAAACUACUUAUAUAAGAACAAACUCAGUGUUAUGUGCCCUUCAGAGUUCUACAAGUUGGAAGGAAAAGCUGAUUUCACCUGUGAAGCUACAGGGGAAUGGAUGUCUGUAAAUGGAAAGACUUUUAUACAAGAUACACCUCAUUGUGUCCCAGUGUGUGGCAUAACUAAAGAAUCUGCUGAUGGAAGGAUUUUUGGUGGACAAAGAGCUAAACUGGGGCAAAUUCCCUGGCAGCUCCUGGUUAAAGCCCCUGACCGAGGAGGUGCAUCUCUAAUUAAUGACCGUUGGGCCAUUACUGCCGCUCAUGUGGUGAAAAAUAAGAAAUCGCUAAUUUUCUUUGGAGGGAUGGUUGAUGGUAGGGACCAAAAAUAUGUCAGAAUGGAAACAGAGAAAAUUAUAAUUCACCCUGACUUUAAGCCACCAAACUUUGAUAAUGACAUUGCCUUGCUGAAGAUGUCUGAACGGGUCAUUCUCAGUGAAAAUAUCAGACCAGUGUGUCUUCCAGAAAGACAAACCAAUGGACUAGUGAUGGCGGGAAAGAUUGGGACAGUCUCAGGGUUUGGUGCUACAGGAAAACAAAAUCGAAGUCAAUAUCUGCAGUACGGUCAAGUGACAGAAUACUCAGGAGUUUGCUUUGAAAAUGAAUCUGAUCUCAAGGUCACAGAGAACAUGUUCUGUGCUGGAGGCACAGAGGCGAAAGGUGUGGACAGCUGUAAAGGAGACAGUGGAGGGCCACUUUUCAUUCCGGCAUUAGGGCCUAUACCUCCUGAUACACCUUACCAAAUCAAGGGGAUCGUGUCAUGGGGUCCUCCUGUGUGUGGAAAUAAUAAAGGUUACUACACCAAAGUGGAGAAUUACCUGGACUGGAUUAGAAAUACAAUGAUUGAAAACUAACUCACGACUGACGCAGCUCAGAUAAAUAGAUCAGAAUGUGACCUGUAUUUAAUUUUUCAAAUUCAUGCUAAGCUGAUUUUCACACAACUUUGUAGUUAAAAAAAAACGUUUAUUCAUAGAUUUAAUUUCAAAUCAAAUAUAUGUUGCUUGUACAUCUGAUGAUUUCAAACUGAAUAAAAGCAUUUCUCCUGA